AUGUGUCACACCAGCUGCUCCUCAGGCUGCCAGCCAGCCUGCUGUGUGUCCAGUCCCUGCCAGCCAGCCUGCUGUGUGUCCAGCCCUUGCCAGGCAUCCUGCUGCAGGCCUGCUAUAUGCAUUCCUGUCAGAUGCCAGGUGGCCUGCUGUGUGCCUGUGAGCUGCAGGCCCACUGUGUGCAUGGCUCCCUCCUGCCAGUCCUCUGUGUGUGUGCCUGUGAGCUGCCGGCCCACUGUGUGCAUGGCGCCCUCCUGCCAGUCCUCCGGGUGCUGCCAGCCCUCCUGCCCCACCCUGGUCUGCAGACCUGUCACCUGUAGCACCCCUUCCUGCUGCUGA